AUGGACGUCAUCCCCAUGUGCAGCAUCUUCCAGGAGCUGCAGAUCGUGCACGACACCGGAUAUUUUUCCGCUUUACCGUCCCUGGAGGAGUAUUGGCAGCAGACAUGCUUGGAGCUGGAGCGCUACCUCCAGGCCGAGCCUUACGUGUCGGCGUCCGAGCUCAAGUUUGAAGGCCAGGAAGACCUUUGGAGCAAACUCAUGCUGGCGUGCGGCGACAAAACGGCGGACCCCAAGCUGGCCAAGGAGGACGAGGACCCCAGAGAGAGCCGCGACCCAGUCGGCUGCUGCUUCCACUCGGACGCCAGCAGCGAGGCGUCGGACAGCUCCGAGGAACUGUCGCCCGCCCUGGACUUCGGCGCCGGCUCGCUGGCGGACCUCCUGGGCGACGUCCCCGAGGACUUGAGCGUCGCCGCCUGCGCCGUCAUCAUCGGGACGCCGCCCUCCUCGCCCGAGAUGGCCAAGGAGGGCCCGACGGGGCCGCGCUCUUGGGGCCCCGUGCACGCCGUACCGCACCUGGCGGGGAAAUCCCGGGCUGAGAAGCUCGCCGGAGAAGAGGCGUCACCUGAGGGCAGGAGGCGAGUCCACAGGUGUCUCUUCAACGGAUGCAGGAAGGUGUAUACCAAGAGCUCGCAUCUCAAGGCGCACCAGCGCACUCAUACAGGUGAGAAGCCGUACAGAUGCUCAUGGGAAGGCUGCGAGUGGCGUUUCGCGCGUAGCGACGAGCUGACGCGCCACUUCAGGAAGCACACUGGAGCCAAGCCAUUCAAAUGCAGCCACUGCGACAGGUGUUUUUCCCGCUCGGACCACCUGGCUCUGCACAUGAAGCGGCAUGUCUAA